AUGAAGUGCACCUCUACCGCCUUUGCCCUCCUGGCCGCAGCCGCAGCUGGUGUCCAAGCAGCCAACAUCCAACUUGUCGGCAAGGUCAUGAACAGUGCUGCAAAAGAAGGCUUCGAAAAUAGUAGAACCCUCGUCUACGCUGGUGGCAAGACCAAGCGUGAUGCACCUAAGGUUUAUGAGCCAGAUCCCAACCGAGACUACACCCUCGAAGAUGGUUACAUCUUUGUCCUUCAGUGUAGCACUGCUGGGUUCAGACCUGAGUGCAUCUCGUUUGGUUCUGAGCCCGGAAAGUGCGUCUCUUACUUCGACUUUGACCCCAAGAAAGGCGAUGAUCCAACCUCAAUCUCGGAUGCCUUCAACCACAAUGUCACUUCGAUCUCCACCAACACUGGUGGCGCAUGCCAGUUCUACCAUUAUACCGGCUGCGAUGACAAGGGUGAUGACCGUGGAUUGAGUUCUUCCUACAACUACAACCUUAACGUGUCUUUGCCAGAGGACCCUCGAGCCGUCCAGUACUUCAGGAACAUAACGAGCUGGAGGUGUUGA